AUGCUGAAUGCACCAACUCAAAAUAAUAAGGAAAUGACACUUUUUAGAGAAAAAAAGUUAGAGCAGUACUCUGUAAAACAGGUUCACCGUUUCUCAUUGUCUAUGAAUUUUAAAAUACUGCUUUUUUACUUCAAGCUUUCUCUAAUUCGAAAGAUUGCAGAAAUUUUUGACCUUCAAAAAGCUGUACAAAUUAAUCGUUUCAAGAUGGAAUGCAUUAUGCUCACAUCAAGGUUGCCAAAGAUGAUUAAUCAAGUAAAAUGGGGAGGUUGUGGUACUCUUUCUCCUCCUCCACCUCCUCCUCUAUGGUUGUCUCAAUGGAAAGGUCUUCUCCGCGCGCACUUUCAAGUUACGUUUAUAAAGUUUUGUCAAUUUCCACCACUGUGCUACUGUGCAAUGUUGAUAUUGCUUUUUUUGGUUUUAACUUUUGCUCUGGAUAUUCUACUUAAGAAGAGGGGAACUCCCAUAGCACCAUACAUCCUCAAGAAGGACAUAGAAAAACAAACUGACUACAGGGGUAGUCAAAUAAGACAUCCCCAUCACUCAAAAUGA